AUGGCCGAUCUGGACAUGAACACCAAAAUCGUCCCCUUAACCGAUAGAGUCUAUCUCGGAGAGUAUCACAACCUCUGCUUUGUCUUCCACGGCAAAACCUCUUUUUCACGCAGCGUGUUUAUUUCCCGUGUGCACAAGGGCCUGGUACGCCUUUCGAGAGAAUUUCCCUGGAUCUCCGGCCAAGUCCAACAUGACGGACUCACAGAUCAGGGAGCCAAUAAAUACAAGAUCAUCCCUUUCCAAGUCAUACCUCGCUUCCAGAUCGACAACCUUCCAGAUAUCCCCGUAUUUGAUUUUAGUCAUAAGGAGGACGAGGACUGGCCUAUGGGUUGGAUCAACGAGAACCAUGUCCCCAUACAGGAGCCUAAUGAGCCUUGGGCGGAGUCGAAACCUUCUCCUGUGAUGGAGCUAAAGUUAACCCUCGACCCAAGCACUUCUAUCCUCACCAUCAGUAUGAACACCAAAGUCGUCGACAGAACAGGCCUAAUUAUGAUGGUUCGAAUUUUGGCUGAAGCCUGUGGUGGGAAGAUAAAAAACAGGAAACUUCCAUCCUCGGAUAUUUUGACAACAGAGAAACAUGCGGCGUUUUUUAAUAAUGGCAAGAAGAGUCUAAGGCAUGACAGAGUCCCUAUCAGAUUAGUCUUUUUAUCAGUCAGGUUCAAGGUCCCGAGUUUCAUUUCCUCCCCUAGCUCCCUCGCCCAAAAAGAAGUACAGUACAGUACUGGCCACAAGGGCUCCAAAGGUUAA